GGUUGUAUGCAGGGUUGGUUAGGUCUUUUAUGUAGGGUUGUUUUUUUUAUAUGAGCUGCUUGCUGGGGUAGAUUCUGGAAACAAUGGCUCUUACCAACAGUAUCAACAGUGACAGUAAAUCGGAGAAGCCCAUAUCUCUGAUCUGGGGCUGUGAACUGAGCGCAGAGAAUACAACCUGCACCUUCAAGAUGCCAGAUGACUGGGCCUACGAGCAGCAACUGGCCUUGCGGAUGAUCUGUGUGGGGGAGAAAACCAAUGAUGAGCUCAACAUCAUAGAGAUCAUCCCUCCAGAGGACAGCCAGGACCCAAGCCCUGUAGUCCUAGCUGCCUUGAAGCCUUCUGUGCUGCCAAUGGCCCCCAUGGUGGGAGUUGAGCUGACGCCUCCCGUCACCUUCCGGCUGAGAGCUGGCUCUGGCCCAGUCUACAUCACUGGACAGCACAUUAAUUUGGUCCCAGAUGACUCCUGGAUGGAGGAGGAGGAGGAAGAAGAAGAAGAGUACGAAGAAGAAUCAUUUCAGGAGGAGUCUCCCCAAAAAGCCACCAAGCGCCAGCCAUCCAGUAAGAAAGCAAGUGUAGCCAAGAAGAAGAAAGUGGAGAAAGAAGAGGUCAGCAACCCUGUUUGUUCUGAUGAGGAUGCACCUUCUAACAAGGGGAAAGGAGCAGGCAGAGGGAGGAAGCCAGCAGCCAAGAAAUAGAUGGACAUGCAGUGAGGCACCCACAGGGGCCUGCUGCCGAAGAGAACAGAGAUUUCUUUGUAUAUGUGUGUGCACACUACUUAUUUCUCUAAAUUUAUCCAUAAUAACAAUAAAGCGCUCUCUUUUUCUUUUUCUUUUU